AUGCCCUUAAUUAAGGCAAGGUUGAAGAUAGCAACCAGUAAACAGAAUGGUUAUGCAGACCUCCAUAGAAGAGAAGUGGUUUUUCAGGAAAGGGAUAUGGUGCUUCUGAAGGUAUCUCCAAUGAAGGGUGUCAUCCAAUUUGGAAAGAGAGGCAAACUAGCUUCAAGGUACAUUAGACGGUAUGAAGUGCUACAAAGGGUUAGAAAUGUGUCUUAUAAGUUAGCUUUGCUACUAGAAAUGGAGAGAAUCCAUCCGUUGUUUCAUGUUUCUAUUAUGAGGAAGCUUGUGUCAGAUCCGAACAAGGUUGUAAGUGAACCAGACAUGGAAAUUUUAGAAGAUCUUUUUUAUAUUGAACAACCUAUCUGGAUUGUAGACACUCAAGUAAGGAAGCUGAGGAACAAGGAGAUACCUAUGGUCAAAGUGUUAUGGAACCGCCACAACAAGGAAGAGUGCACAUGGAAAACUCGUGAUUCCAUGAUACAAUAA